AUGUCUCUCAGGUGGGAAAAAGGUAAAAACUGCGCCGACGUCGUCGCUGCCCUCGACGAAUGCCACGCCCGCGGCUUCCUCUGGAAAGUUACCGGCAACUGCACCGAAGCCAAGUACAAAGUGAACAUGUGCCUGCGCGCACAGCGGCUCGAGCGGACGCGGGUGAAUCGCGAGGUGGCCAAGGAGAAGCGGGAGAAGAUUGAGAAGGUGUGGGCGGAGCUGGAUGCGAAUAAAUGA